AUGCGCCAUCAUCAUCGAGAGAAAACAGUCGGAAUCCGAAGGAAUCGUCUUCUAGCAUCCAUGAUCUUCAAAUAAAUGCGGAAACCAACGAUUUGUGAACAAGGAAAAGCUGAUUACAAUGUCAGCGCCGCCAUCACUCAGAAAAAUCGAUUUUUCAGCGGAAAUAGAAACUCCAAAAUCGACGGGAAUUCGGCGUAGAUUGGCACUGAACGUUUCAAUUGGCAGUGAUUUGGGACAUAAUAGAUCGGAGCGGCUACAACUGAUGAAUUCAAUGGAAAAUCGAUUAAGAAGAAAUUAGAAAAAAAAAAGAAAAAAAAAAAAUUUUAUUUCUCUUUUUAA